CAGUUCUAGCUCUAAUCUCCAUAGAAGAGGCAUCAAAAGCCAAUCGUCGCACGCCCUCUAUAGUCUCAGUACGCUCACUGUUGAUGAUGACUAUAAUUCCCCUAUUACUAUUUGGCAUCUUAAUUCAUGGUUCAGGCGGUGAGCGUCCAAAAACAUGGCAAGUUAAACUAAAACCCAAGGGAGAUACAUUUUGGAAUUUGAAAUGGAUUGUCUUCUAUUUGGAGACUGAAACAAAGAUGACUCACAGAGAUGCUGAAUUGAGAUGUCUCAAGAAGAAUAUGAUGCUGGCAAAUAACGACUGGGAAUUACUUAACAAGACAUUGUCCAUUCAAGAUAUGAGAUUUAUGAAACUACCACUCAUUGCUGGCGGCUGGUCAAAUACAAACUACAAAAGUCUUUUUAUAUGCUGGGCUGCAUUAAUGGGGGUCUAUAUUGUUGAUACAAAUGGAUCUCACAAGUAUUUGGACACAUCGAGGUAUUCGGUGCCGGCGCCAUGUUAUCCUCAAAAGGAUCUGAGUUUCGAGGAUUACAAUCAACAUGAUAUAACGCAUUGCCUGUUUGUUUGGAAGAGAGUAUUACUUUGAUUUUUAACAAAUAAAAGUUUUUCGGAGGCAAUUGCUUCGUUAUGGAA